AAGUCAACAUUAGAGUUCUAACUGUACUUUUUUAUUUUGCUUUUUUCACUUUCCUAUAUACAGAGACCUAAAGGACAGGGAAAUAAAGUUUCAGUACAAAACGGUUCGAUUCAUCAAAAGGAUGCAGUAAAUGAUGAUGAUUUUGAGCCAUAUCUAAGUAGUCAGACAAAUCAGAGUAACAGCUAUCCACCAAUGUCCGACCCAUACAUGCCUAGUUAUUAUGCUCCAUCCAUUGGAUUUCCAUACUCUUUAGGUGAAGCAGCAUGGUCCACUGCAGGUGACCCUCCAAUGCCAUACUUGACAACUUAUGGACAGAUGAGUAAUGGUGAACACCAUUACAUACCUGAUGGUGUAUUUAGUCAACCUGGGGCAUUAGGAAAUACCCCUCCAUUUCUUGGGCAGCAUGGAUUUAAUUUUUUUCCUGGGAAUGCAGACUUCUCUACAUGGGGGACAAGUGGAUCUCAGGGACAAUCAACACAAAGCUCUGCUUACAGCAGCAGCUAUGGCUAUCCACCUAGUUCUCUUGGGAGAGCCAUAGCAGAUGGACAGGCUGGAUUUGGCAGCGAUACUCUGAGCAAGGUGCCUGGGAUUAGCAGCAUUGAGCAAGGCAUGACUGGACUGAAAAUUGGUGGCGAUAUGACAGCUGCUGUGACAAAAACUGUAGGUUCAGCUCUGAGCAGUACAGGUAUGACAAGCAUUGCAGCAAACAGUGUGCCCGCAGUUAGCAGUUCAGCACCCAAACCGACCUCGUGGGCUGCCAUUGCGAGGAAACCUGCUAAACCUCAGCCGAAACUCAAGCCUAAAGGUAACGUGGGCAUUGGGGGCCCUGCGGUACCACCGCCACCUAUAAAACACAACAUGAAUAUUGGAACUUGGGACGACAAAGGGUCGGUGGUAAAAGCGCCCCCCACCCAACCAGUACUGCCUCCUCAGACUAUAAUCCAGCAGCCUCAGCCAUUAAUUCAACCACCACCRCUGGUGCAAAGCCAACUGCCUCAACAGCAGCCUCAGCCACAGCAAGCGCAGCAGCAACAAGGACCUCAGCAGCAGGCCCAGCCUCACCAGUUGCAGCAGCAGCAGCUGCAAAACCGCUGGGUAGCGCCUCGUAACAGGGGUGUGGGCUUCAGCCAGAACAACGGAGCUGGGAGCGAAAACUUUGGUUUAGGUGUUGUAUCCGUCAGCUCCUCGCCCUCCGGUGUGGAAGUGCACCCAGUGCUGGAGAAACUAAAGGCCAUAAACAACUACAAUCCCAAAGACUUCGAUUGGAAUCUGAAGAAUGGACGUGUGUUUAUAAUCAAAAGCUAUUCAGAGGACGAUAUUCAUCGCUCCAUUAAGUACUCUAUCUGGUGUAGUACUGAACAUGGUAAUAAACGCUUGGAUGCUGCUUACCGUUCGCUCAAUGCAAAGGGCCCGCUCUAUUUACUCUUCAGUGUGAAUGGCAGUGGACACUUUUGUGGAGUGGCUGAGAUGAAGUCUGUUGUGGACUACAAUGCGUAUGCUGGAGUCUGGUCUCAGGAUAAGUGGAAGGGGAAAUUUGAUGUCAAAUGGAUCUUUGUCAAAGACGUUCCCAAUAACCAACUGCGGCAUAUUCGCUUGGAAAACAACGACAACAAACCUGUUACCAAUUCAAGGGACACUCAAGAGGUACCCCUAGAAAAAGCCAAGCAAGUGCUUAAAAUAAUUGCUACUUUCAAGCAUACCACCUCAAUCUUCGAUGACUUUGCACAUUAUGAGAAGCGUCAAGAGGAGGAGGAAGCCAUGCGUAGGGAGAGAAAUAGAAACAAACAAUAACUAUAUGGAGAUGUCCUGCUAGAAUUACAACACUAAUGAUGUAGACUCUGGAAAUGCCUAAUAUGUCUAAGAAGACGUUAUUAAAGCUUUUUUCUGCUUAAGGUGACAUCUUUGAACACUUUAACACAAAAUUGACUCUUCUUGUAAUGGUUCUCAUCAGUGCAUCUGCCCUUAUACUCUCUCACCAAACACACUUGAGAACUGUACCUUCGUCAAGCACUUUCUGUCCUGAAGCUUUUACCAGUAUCUGCUGUCUUUUGUAUUUAUGCAUCCUAGCUAAGGCACGGGAGACCGAACGAAUGCAAGGAUUCAUUAACUCUUUGAAUUUGUUAAAUACUAACAAUUAACCAUUAGAAGUGGUUCAAUGAUGUGAGAUUCACAUUGCUUCAACUUUUUUUCUUUGUUGUAGUUUUUUUUAAUUGUCAGUUUUUAGCUAUUCAACAGAUUAAAAGCAAAUCAUGCCAUAUUUAGUCCUGGAGUAAAACUCAAGUCUAAAUGUUCAUGUGAAAAUUAUUGUAGUAAUCUUUUAAUAUGGCAAAGCAACUUUAAGCUGCAGUUUAGCCAAAUGAAACGUAACAUGAAAUUAUAUUAGAAUGACAUUUCCCUUGUUUCAAACUGUUUGGUGUAAGAGAAUAUUAAUAUGCAGCUUGGUGGGAUUCCACCAGUUAAUGCACAUUUAUUUUUUUUUCUGUAACAUGUAUACUGAAAAAAGUGCAUUUGUCUGAGGAACUGUUUGUUUGCUACCACUCAAUGAAUCUCAGUUUUGAGUAAAUGUACCUCAGUCUAAAUCAGACUUUUUAUGACCUUUAUAACUACAUUUAAAAUAAUCUUUAAUUCCUGUUUCUGGGUGUUUGCAAGCCUGACAAGAUUGCUAUCAUGGAAGUGAAAAUUUACUCCUCUAGGUGAUUCACUAGCUAAAUAAACAUAAUUCUUGUUUAGCAAGCAUAUACUCUGGUUCUCAAAUUUUUUUUUACCCCCUGUCCCAUAUUGAGGUGCUUUUUCCCCUAUUCAAAAUAUUUCCAGGAAAGUACUUUCAUCCAUGGUCAUGUCACUUGUAGCCAUGUGUGCAAGUUUUCAAUUAGAACCAUGCAACAAGGAUUUUAGGAUGYGCAUUAAACUAGGGAAUUAUAUACUAGUUUUUAACUUGCAAAAAAUAUAUCUUCUGUUUCAGUUGACUAUAGCAACACAUUCUUUCUGCUGGAAGAGAAUACUAAAAAAUGUCAAGCAGGUGUAUUGACUGCACAAAAUCCUGAACAGCCUGUACCAAACUCCAGGGAUAGCUUUCUCUUUUUAGAACAGCAGUGUAGAAGGCAGAUAUCUUAGAGCUUAAAAUAGCAAUACCGCAUAUUAUUUGAAUGUGUUUUGUGUCUUACUGUCCAACACAGAUGUUUACAUUGUGUUUGGGGUCUUUCAUUUUUAGUGUCUGGCAAUCAGAGUUCUGAAGCUUAAGUAUUGGCAUAGCUUUGUUUUGGAUAUAGACUAUUUUGCUCCCGUAAGCCCCUCGCAUAUGCGAGGUGUUCUAUACACACUACUUUUUACCCAUUAUUUAAAAUAUUGCUUGUGGAAAAAAGUAGCAGAUAUGAAUCUUAAUUUUACUGCUGAUUUUUCUAGAAGUUCAAAGGCAAGUUCAGAAGUGGUUGCCAUGUUUUGGAGGAGAAAAAACAGUCUUAAAUGCAGAUGGGCAACAGACAAUGUAGAGGAGCAGGGAUUAGGAGGGGUAAUGGAGAGAKAAGAAUAUAGAGAUAAGUGUGAGGAGACACCAGGACAGAAGGGUUUCCAACUCCAAAUGUGCUUUCCUCUGGAAUUUGGCUCGAGUCCAAAGCUGCCUGCUUCCAUAUGCACCUCCCUGCUUUUGUAGCUCCCUGUUUCCCUUUAUUGGCUGCCUGUGGGUUACUGCCUGUUAACCACGGCCAUCACUGAUGAGCCAGCAGGGCCAAAAGCAGUGUUGAGAGUCCAGAGACUGCAUCUUGCUUGGUGAUUCUUCAGGAGGUCCGAUUGCUUCUAACUUCCUUGCUUCUACAAGGUGUAAGCAAAUAUGCAGCUGUUUCCAGAUUGAAAAAAAAGUCAAGCAUUCAGGAAUCCCCUGCAUAUGCAACCUCAUCUUGGUUCUGUCACAGCAUGCCUGYUUUUGACGAGUUUAUUAACAUGUUUUCUCUGGCCCUUUUGCCUCCUACUGGAUAGCAUGAGCAUUGCCCUGUGACUGAAUCAGAUUUAUUAUUAAACGGGUGCCUCAUUUGUUACAGAUCCUGAAAGCCUAGAAAAGGAGACAAGAUUGUAAGAGGAGGUGAUCAUGUUUAGUGAGCUGUUUAGUUGACAGUUGUUAUGCUGUUCCAGGAAUGUCAGCCAAUCUACGAAUGGAAGAGUUUUUCAUUGCUGAUGUUAGCCAUGCUUCAACUGAUUUGCAGAGCUUAGCAGGUGAAAUUAAGGAGUUUUAUGUGCAUAUAAAGUGCUGUGAAAAUAGUAUAUGCAUUGUAAAAUCAGUUAUGAAGUGCUUUACCAGUUAAUGGACAUGUGAUACUUCUUCAGUUUCCUUAUACACAUUUUUUUCCUCCAAAAAAAUAAAGUGAUCUUAAUAUCUCAAGAUAACUGUAAAAAUACUCGUUGAUCGUUUGCUUUUCAGUAAAGUGAGGUGGCUGUAAAGGCUACUAACUAAGAAGGCGUUGGUGGUGCUUCUGUUUGUGUCUGUGUUGCCGCCUCCUUUGUGCGGUUCCCCUCUGAUCCGCCCCGAGCCAGUUCCAGACAUUUGCUGA